CGAACGCGCACGGCACGCGGUGCGUAAACCUCGUCGGCACGCGGCGUGUUGUUGGAAAGAUCUUCCGAGUGCACGCGGAGAUCUUUCUUUUUAAUUUAGCGACGCUACAAGAUGAGCAAGAGGAAUCUGGACGACGUGGCCGACGGCGCUCCGGCGGGCGCCGAGGCCAAGAGGGUUCUGUCCCGGUUCAAAUCGGACACCGGCGAGGUUCUGCCCGGCGGCCUGCUGGACCUGCCGGUCGACGUGACGGUGGACAAGCUGCAGGCGAUCUGCAACGCCCUGCUGCAGCAGGAGGAGCCGCUGCCCCUGGCGUUUUACGUCAACAACGUCGAGGUCACGGACACGUUGGAGAGAUACGUCGGCGGGGACUUCAGCCUCAGCGAGGACGUCGUCGAGAUUGUGUAUCAGCCGCAGGCGGUGUUCAGAGUCAGGGCCGUCACGAGGUGCACCGGGUCCUUGGAAGGUCACAAGGAGGCCGUUAUAUCCGUCGCGUUUUCGCCGGACGGCAGGCACCUGGCCAGCGGCUCCGGCGACACCACCGUCAGACUGUGGGACAUCUUCACGCAAACGCCGCAUCACACGUGCGAGGGGCACAGGCACUGGGUCCUGUGCAUUUCCUGGUCGCCCUGUGGCACCAGGCUGGCAUCCGCGUGUAAAAACGGGCUGAUUCACUUGUGGGACCCCGGCACCGGCAAACAAAUAGGUAAAGCCAUGACAGGACACAAAAUGUGGGUGACGUCUCUGUGCUGGGAACCCUAUCAUAAGAAUCCGGAGUGCCUGCACUUGGCGAGUUCGUCCAAGGACUGCGACGUGCGGAUUUGGGACACGAAGAGAGCGCAGACCUGUCGAGUUCUGUCUGGCCACACGAAGAGUGUCACCUGCGUCAAGUGGGGCGGAGGCGGCCUCAUUUAUUCCGCCUCUCAGGACAGGACUAUCAAAGUGUGGAGGGCGGAGGACGGUGUACUGUGUAGAACCUUAGAGGGGCACGGCCAUUGGGUCAACACUUUGGCCUUGAAUGUCGAUUACGUGCUUAGAGUCGGUCCUUUUCAACUAGGAGCGACCGCGAACCAAACGGACGGUCCAUUGGAAUACGCAAGGAAGCAGUACGAGUCUGUAGGUGAAGAGAGACUUGUGUCUGGAUCUGACGACUUCACGUUGUACCUGUGGAAGCCAGAAAAAGAGAAGAAACCUAUCGCAAGAAUGACCGGCCACCAGCAACUCAUCAACGACGUUAAAUUCUCGCCGGACGGUCGUAUGAUUGCGUCAGCGUCCUUCGACAAGUCCAUUAAACUGUGGGAAUCCAAUACCGGCGUGUACAUCGCUUCGCUAAGAGGUCACGUUCAAGCGGUUUAUUCCAUUGCGUGGAGCGCCGACUCUCGCCUGCUGGUCAGCGGCAGCUCGGAUUCAACUUUAAAAGUUUGGAGCAUGAAAACUAAAAACUUAAGCCAGGACUUACCGGGUCACGCUGAUGAGGUUUACGCGGUUGACUGGUCACCCGAUGGUCUACGAGUCGCUUCAGGUGGGAAAGACAAAGUUUUGCGACUGUGGCAAAAUUGAAUAUACAUAAUAUGCAAGUAAAUAAAUUUAUAAGAAAGUUAAA